AUGCUCGUAGUCCCACAACUAUCUUGGCCUAUCCUAUUUGGGGAAAACCACCUUCAUUCCACUCAAGCUCUAGUUAAUCAUGCAGUUCCCAGCAUCGAAUUCCGACACCCCAACAUGCAAUUCAUGAUCAAAUGUUCCCUGGAAAACCCCCAACAAGCAUUUCAGAAUUCAACUCCACGACCACAUGCAAGAGUUACAUGCCUUUUAACUGGAGGCCCCUCUGUAAGUACUCACAAAUCCAAGCCUACAAUGCUUCACAGAGGUAUGAAUUCUGUUCCUGUAUAUUUUACACUCUUCACUGCACUUAGUGUCCUUUCUCCAGAUUUGUGGCUUGAAGGAAAAACAGUUCAGCCUGGUUUAACAGUUCUGGGUGGCACAUUUAAUUGUCAAAAACAAAUGCAACAACCCAGUACUUCUAGUCAAACCACUUGUUAUGCUUCUAUGACUGACAUUGAUAUGCCAAACCCAAAUCAACUUCGUUACAUGGUUCCAAGUGAUAUAACCCUUCGUCGCCAUUUAAUUCGAGCUUUUCACGAUUCCUUGUACGCUAUGCACUGGGGUCGUGAAGCAACAUUCGAAGCAUUAUCUGCACAUUUCUACUGGAAAAACAUGUCUAAACACGUCCGGAAUUGGAUACGUCGUUGUCCGCAGUGUAUCCGCUUCAAGUCUAAAACGCCAAAUCAUGGACCAAUGCAAGUUCGUAUUUAUCAGCGACCUUUUCACACACUUGGUGUUGACUACGUAGGCGAACUUCCAGUGAGCGUAAAUGGAAACAAGUGGAUAAUCACCGCCGUUUGUCCGUAUUCGAACUUUCUUCGCGCAAUACUAGUUGCUGAUAAACAUGCUAGUACAGCUACACGGGCUCUUCUAGACGAUGUGUUCCUACAAUAUGGAUUUCCUACCGUUCUUCAAAGUGAUCAAGGAGGUGAAUGGACAAAUGCACUCUUGCAUCACCUAACAAAAAUACUUUCAAUAGCACAUGUUUUCACGACUAGUUAUGCGGUAGUCAUUUGA